UUCCAGUGCUAAACCGAACACUAACAUUUUCCAGUUUCGGCAAAAUUUUAUUGAUUUGUCUGGCUAGGAUAAAGAAACGAGGCAUACAGUUAUAUAAUUUAAGUUUUUGGAAAACCACACCUCUCAGCUGCUUGUCAAAUAAAACCACCCCCCUCCCCCCAAUCGCGCGCUCUUACUCUUUCGCCUUGUGUAGACCUCUCCAUCUCGGACUAGCUGAAAAGCGCAUAGUGGAUGGAACAGAAACGUUGGGAUAUAGCCCUGUUAAAGAAAAAAGAAGAAUAAGUUUUCUCUCGUCAGUACGACAGCCAGGAAAAGAUUCGUCUCAUUUGAAAAAAAACAACCUAUUCUUUCGGUGAGGAAGACUGGGUAGAUAAAAACACAGUGGACCACAUAUUUAGAGACCAACUGGCUUUAUAGGGCAGGAGUGGCCAUGCCAUUCAGCUGUUUAACAUUCGGGGAGAAGAAGGAUUACAACAGUCCUUCUGAGGUGACAGACAAGUAUGACCUGGGGCAGAUCGUUAAAUCGGAGGAGUUCUGUGAGAUUUUCAGGGCCAAGGAUAAGAACACAUUGAAAAUGUACACCUGUAAAAAAUUCCUGAAAAGGGAUGGAAGAAAAGUACGGAAAGCUGCCAAAAAUGAGAUCCUUAUUUUAAAGAUGGUCAAACACCCUAAUAUUCUCCAGCUGGUAGAUGUCUUUGAGACCAGGAAAGAGUACUUCCUCUUUCUGGAACUUGCCACAGGCAGAGAGGUGUUUGAUUGGAUCCUUGAUCAGGGCUACUACUCAGAGCGGGAUACCAGUAAUGUCAUCCGACAGGUGAUGGAAGCAGUGGCCUACCUACACUCCUUACACAUUGUCCACAGGAACCUUAAGCUGGAGAACCUGGUAUACUACAACCGUCUGAAGCACUCAAAAAUUGUGAUAAGUGAUUUCCACCUGGCCAAACUUGAGAAUGGCCUGAUCAAAGACCCAUGCGGAACUCCUGAAUACCUGGCUCCUGAAGUGGUUGGAAGGCAGAGGUAUGGAAGGCCUGUUGAUUGUUGGGCCAUUGGAGUGAUCAUGUACAUACUGCUGUCAGGAAAUCCCCCAUUCUAUGAUGAAGCCGAUGAUGAUGACUACGAGAACCACGACAAGAACCUUUUCCGAAAGAUUCUUUCAGGGGACUAUGAGUUUGACUCUCCUUACUGGGAUGACAUUUCAGACUCAGCGAAAGGGCUGGUAGCUUGUCUCAUGGAAGUGGACCAGGACCAGAGGCUCACAGCGCAAGAAGCUAUCAACCACGAGUGGAUAUCUGGGAAUGCAGCUUCAGACAAGAAUAUCAAAGACGGUGUCUGUGCCCAAAUUGAAAAGAACUUUGCCAAAGCCAAGUGGAAGAAAGCAGUCAGGGUCACAACUUUAAUGAAGAGGCUCAGGGCUCCUGAAAGUGACUCAGCAGCCGCCAGCCCUGCGUCAGGGGCCCCAGCUGGCACCGUGGCUCCGAGCGUCGCUCCCAAACCUGCUGCCAGCGCGGACCCUCCCACUGCCCCCAGCACCCAGCCUGAGAACACGCCUACAAGCUCAAUGGCCAAUGAGGAUCCCUCGAUGCGGUGUAACGGAGAGACCCCAGCGCCGCUUCGACCGACCACAGAAGCCAGGGAUGAACAGAAUGGUUAAACGUCUCCAUCCCCCUGUGUACCUGUCCACCCACCUCCCCCACCCUGCACCGUGUAUAUUAAGCCACUGGCAUGAUGAUGCUGAAACCGCUUAGCUUCCCACUUGCAGUGUUAGCGCAGUGUGGGCUUACAGAGCCUGUUUUCUUUCCUGAGCUGUCGCCUGGCCUGUAACUGGGCUCUUUCUGAAGGUCUGAUCACCUUGUUACAAUCUUUCUAAAGGUUUUCUCUUUCUUAACCUUCCCUCACCGAACCCCAUGCCUUCCUCCUUGAUGGCAGUAUACAGUAAAACCUUGCCUGCUCUUUGAUUUCUGCUUGCAGAUGACAAAUUAAUGCCCUCCCCUGUUUUUUUUUCAUUUGGCAUGCACCCAAACGCUGAACUGAAGAACAUAGUCUUUUCCUUGUAUGACCUUAAUUCAGGAAUAAUUACCAUAGCACACAUUAUAAAUUAGAGCUUACUACCUUUUAGUGUUCCUAAAGACUUCUGUCUUAAGUUAGAAUAGCAGCAUUUGCUGUCCAGCUCGAAUAGUAUAGCCACGUGUUUCUUUGUGAAAUAUUUUACAUAUUGAGUAGAAUAAGAUUGCUGUGCUAAGGUAUUGGUCUUUCUCUGGUAUAUACCCUUUUUCACAUGGACAAAAGGGAUGCGGAUAAAAACAAUUAUUCACGACCAAUGCUCUUGAGCAUUCUUUUUGAAUUAUGUCAACACAAAAGCAUUGUUAUUAAAAAGAAUUGAUAAAAUGUAACAGCAUUCAUAACAAGGGACAUUUUCACAGAGCAAACUCUUAUGCAUUGGUCCCACAUUAUGUAAAUAUUUACCCUAAAGAUGAGCAGCCAUUGGCAUUCAAAGACAUAAUAGAAGCUCAGCUGUCCUUCCUUAGUGAAUUUUGUUAGAAAAUAGAAACAGAGUUUUGCUUUUUAUUGUCGUGUAUUUGUUAAUUUAAAGCAUCAAUUUUUAUUUUCUGAUGAGUUUGACUUACUAAACAGUGUGUGCUUUUUAUGCUUUUUAUGCCUGGCACAUCUCCACCAACAGCUCUUUAAGAAAAAAAACACAUGGCUCUAUAAGUACAAACUGCUGUAAAUAGAAAUGUCUGUAGUCGUAGCCUAACUGGCAUGUGCUUUGACCUUUUCUGUAGACUUCACGUUGUGUUGAGCAUCUGCUGGAUUAGGAUUUCAGCUCACUCCUUGCCUUACACAGCCGUCUAUGUUGGACAUGUCAAACAGUAGUACAAGUGUUUUUAUAUUUUGUUAGAUAAAUUCUCUCUAAUAUGUCUAUAUAUUCAUGUGACAUUCAUUUCGUUCUGAAUCAGAAUUGUCAAUAAAGGAAUGCUGAAUGUCACAGUAUUUUUUUCUUUAACUAUUAGCAAAAAUCUAAGCUAACUUAAAAAAAGUUUAACAGUAAGAAUAUGUCAUACAGUAUGUAUAUAUAUAUAUAUAUAUAUAUAUAUAUAUAUAUAAUGUAUGAAAAAUAUGAGUAAAAUAUGCACAUAUUACAAACCCUGUAAAUUCGCAUUUAAAAAUAGGCAAAUUUCCUUGACAAUUAUACAUUUUUUGUCAUGACAUAUAUUACUAGGAACAAUAAUACCUCUAUUCUUUAAUGUGAACUAUUGUGAUUUUGUAGUAAUUUCUUUUAAACACUUGCAAUAUUAUGGAAACAUUGUGUGAAUGCUGUGCCAUGCCAUGAUAGCUGUGGCUCAGCUUGGAAGUCUUUAUCCAGCAGAUGUCUCCCUUCUUUUUUCCCUCUGUACAAACGCUUCCAACAACUCCUGUGUGUUGAGCGUGUCUCUGUGCCUCCUGAAAGCUGCUUGUCCUGAAAUGAAUCUUCUCACAUUUUAAAAUAUUUCUUAGCUACUCCUCUGGUCUUAUCCUUGAGAAAAUAACACUAUUCGCAGAAGGAAAAUAUAUUCCUUUUGUCCUGCUGCCGUGCACUAGCUGACUACUGUGUGAAGAACAACACUGAAAGCCAUCCCCUUUCUCUUGUCUUUGUUAAAACUUUCUGUGAAAAGUGAGAAAAGCCAAUAACAGCUUAUUUGCCUGGGCUAAAGAGAUUCAAGAGUUGUCAGCUGUCGCUAUCCAUUUUCUGUGUUUAUUUAGUUUGUCAUUAAGGUUUGUACAGUUUCAAGUGACAUUAAUAGCAACAAAUAUUUGUUUGGUUGUUUUCCAGUGCCCUCUUAUUUUUACUAAUGUGGAAAUGGGAAAUAAAUCAAUAUUUAGGUUGUGCCAAAGUCUACCAUUAUUGUUUGAUUUGAGCAAUAUUGCUAUUGCUGAGAAACUGUGAUGCUGAGUGUUGUACUGCUUAAAAUGUUGACUUCGCUUGUUCAGAUCACACCAGUCAUCCUCCUGGCUCUUGUCUUACCCAUGCUGUGCUCUCCUACAAAAUACAAGGAACAAACAAAUCUUGCUAACAAAAACAUUAACCUGAUUGCUGAUUGGGGUUUCUGCCAUGAUAAUUCAGCCUACACAAUGGCUCUGUCCACAUGUAUCUCUCUCAAAGGGCACAGCAGGCUGUGCCUUUAUACCAGGCUGGGAAACAGUUGUGGUAUAAACAGUCUCAUGCCCAAUAUCAGCCAUCACAGCAUAAUAAAAUGAUUUCAAAUCACAAAUGACACCACCAAAAGCUACUCUGACACAUACUGCAGAAUUUGAGACAAUCAAGACUGACAUAUCACACAACUAUUGAAUUACACUGAUUGUUUUUGUCAAAUUUACAUUUACAAAACUUCAAUUUUAGAACUUAAGCACUCACUGGAAUUUGUGGUGUGCAACUUUAGCAGUAGAACAUGGUGUUUUAUUGUAGCCCUACUACACCAUAUGCCUUUUGCACUCCUGCACAGCAGGGGGCAGUGUUCCCUGUAUACUUUGUUGGUACAUAGAACCAAGGAAAACAUAACUAAUUGGCCAAGUUCAAGCACAAGAUUUAGCCCAUAGUGGAAAUGACACAAUGCUGUGUCACUUCAUAACUUUGCAAUAUUUUUUGAAACAAUGUGUUGAUGGUGUCCUGUGAGAUUAUGAAGAAUUUAACAUUACUCUAGGGCCAAAAACCUCGUGUUCCCAUCAAAUCAGUUGCUGUUUCUUUUCUGAAGAGGAAGUUAGUAUAAUACCACAUCCACUUUUUUCAUCUGAAUUAAAAAUUUUUUUUUGUAUUUUAUCAUUCUUAUUCUGUGCAGGAAUACAGUACAUGUCUGGAGGUGUUGUAUAGUUUAGCCUUGAGGUGGGAAUGACAGCACAGUUCUUUAAUUUUAAACUCAAUUCAAGUUGAAUUUCUGCCCCAGCCUCUCCUAUUCUGCGGUUGUCUAGCCAGAUAGCAGUUCAGGAUUACUAGAAAUAUACUAACUUUAAAGGUGAGGACCUGCUGAGCCUUCAAUAAAAUAAUAAUAAAAUUAUAAAAAAUGAAGCAACAACAAUAAUAAUAAUAAUAAUAAUAAUAAUAAUAAUAAUAAUAUGUUACAAACAUUUAAGGCCCCAAGGCUACCGCCCACACCAAUGAUAUGUGAUUCUUUAGCCUGCAUUAUGCAGUCCAUUCAUGGUUGUUUAUUGUCAGUGUUAAAAGGAUAUACUGUUCAUAUAUUUAUUGUGUCAGGAGUGAGUUUGUAGACUUGAAUGAAAACGUAAACGUGGCUGGGAAAACCUGCAAUACAAUCAAUACUUUUCAGUUAAGCUAUUGAUAAACAUUUAUUUCACAGUGCUUAUACACAGCAAUGGUGGCAACAGAUGACUGUGUUUUAGAACUAUACAAAGCAAUGCUUUAAUUCAGUGUAUUCACUGCGUUCAGUUGUACUGUACAUAUUAUCAAGCGUACUCAUUUCUAAUUUCUCCAUGCACUUAUGUGCUGUAAAUGUGUUUGUUUCUUGGAUCCUGGGGUCCUGUCUCUCAUUUGUAAGCUAUGUAUACCUUGACUGAAAUUAUAAAUUUGAUGGUCUUAAAAAAUGUUAGAAUAAAGAAUACCUGCGCACAAGAAAA